AUGGUGUUCUGUUUUCUUGGAUCCUCUGUCGCUGCCGAUGCUGCAAAGAGCGUGGAGUUCAAAUCGCGGAACUGCAGCGCGGAGAGGUACCGGCCGGGGGACCAACGGAAGCAUUCGAUAUCGGUGGUGCUGACGCAGCUGGUGUCGGAGGCCGUGGACAGGAUCACGUUCAACAACAAGGACUACCGAGCCCAUUACCCGCAGCAGAAGCCCAUUGUCUACGGCCACGCGCACUGUCCGUGGACGUUCGGGAUCAAAUCGACGUGCCGCAGCUGCGUCAGGGCCGCCAAGAAGCUGCUUCUAGAUGGCUGUCCGCAUAAAGUCGGGGCUUCCAUCGAACUGGAGGAUUGCUCGCUAAGAUACGAGAACCAUGUCAUCUAG